AUGAACGGAGUAACUUAUUUUGUGCUGCUUGUCGCAGCUUUGUCAGCUCUCGAAGUGGUCCAAAGUAAGCCCAUGGGCAACGUGAUCGACUUGGACAAAUAUUUCGAGGAGGUAGACUCCAAUUCCCAGGAGCGAGUUGUUGGUGGUUAUGAUGUGCCCGAGGAUGAGUAUGUUCCCUACCAGGUCUCCAUGCAGUUCCGAACUCGCAGUGGUCAACUCAGGCACUUUUGUGGUGGUUCCCUCAUUGCCCCAAAUCGCGUCCUCACCGCCGCCCACUGCGUCAAUGGCCAGAACGCCAGUCGUAUUAGCGUGGUUUCCGGAAUCAGGGAUCUGAACGAUAGCACCGGCUACCGAUCCCAGGUGCAGUCCUACGAGAUGAACGAAUACCAGGAACUGGUGACCAGCGACAUUGCCAUCCUCAAGAUCGAUCCACCCUUUGAGUUGGACGGGAAAGGAGUGUCCACCAUCGAUGUGAGUGGCUCGGUAGUUGGGGCUGAUCAGGAGGUUCUCCUCACCGGAUGGGGCUCUGUCUUCCACUUUGGCACUGGACCUUUCGAAUAUCCCACAGUGCUGCAGAAACUCAGCUACAAGACACUGAGCAACCCAAAGUGCAAGGAGACCAUGACCCAACUUACGGAUACCGAGAUCUGUGCCUUGGAGAGGUUCGAAGGAGCUUGUAAUGGCGAUUCUGGCGGUCCUUUGGUUAUGAAGAGUGGCGAAUCCUACAAACAGGUGGGCGUCGUAUCCUACGGAACUGCUUUGGCCUCAAACAGCCCCGAUGUCUACACCCGAGUGUCCAUGUUUGAUAGUUGGAUAAAGGAAAGAAUGGCUUAA